UGGUUCAACGUUCGUUGGCGAAUCAAUAUCAAUUAUUAUCAAUUUUGGUGAUUAAUGAGGCGGGUCUAAAGUAAAUUAGUUUUCACUCAUCUAUAGCAGGCACUUUAUUGCAACGUUUACCCCAGUGCAAUUGACUUAUUUUGGGCAAAAUGCGGUUCCUGUUCCUCCUAUCCGCUUGUUGUUUUCAACUAGCCCUUUCCAGUGUUCUCCGGAAUGGUGUUUCGGAACUUAAAAUCGUCCAGUCCUGCUCGAAUCCAGUCUACUGCCAAGGGGAACUUUUGGAAGUUGUUCAGUCGGCCAAAAUCUACAGCGAUUCGAAAACUUUCGUAGACAUGAGCCAAAUUAAUCCGGAAAAUGUUACUUUAGAGAAUUUUUGGAUAUUUAUGAAUCAAACCAAAGGAAGCCCUAACAAAUCUGAAAUAGCACAAUUUGUAGCCGACAAUUUUGUUAGUCAAAAUGAAACGGAAAGUUGGACUCCAACAGAUUUCAAACAGAAUCCAGCAUUUCUGGAAAGAAUCACUGACGAAGAUGUGAGGGAAUUCGCUCAGAAGCUGAAUCAAAUUUGGCCAACGUUGGCACGCAAAACCACUGCGGAUGUUGUGGAGAAUCCGGAAAGACACUCAAUUUUAGCGGUGCCCAAUGGUUUUGUUGUUCCUGGAGGAAGAUUCAAAGAACUUUACUACUGGGACUCAUACUGGGUAAUCAAAGGCCUCCUCCAAUGCGAAAUGUACGACACCGUCAAAGGAAUGCUGGAAAAUAUCUGCCACCUGAUCACCAAAUACGGUUUCAUGCCUAACGGGGCGCGCGUCUACUUCCUCAACCGAUCUCAGCCGCCUCUAUUCACUCUAAUGAUCCAAAGCUACCUCAAAUCUACCAACGAUACUAAUUUCAUCGAAAACAUCAUUCAAUGUGUAGAAACAGAAAUGAAUUUUUGGUCCGAUAACCGAACUAUUCCUGUUGAAAAAGAUGGAGUCACUCAUAUGUUGGCUCAUUAUCAAUCUUCCAGUAAUACACCUAGGCCUGAGGCUUACGCAGAAGAUGUUAGAACUUGCAGUAGCUACCCUGACGAAGUGGCUCAGAGUUUGUGCUAUCAGUCGUUGAAAAGUGGUGCUGAAACAGGCUGGGACUUUUCCUCCAGGUGGCUUUUUGAUGAUAACGGUGGCGUCAAUACUAAUUUAACUCACAUUCAAGCUCAACGUGUGAUACCUGUGGAUCUCAACGCAUUUUUAUGUAGAGCUUUUGCUGAUUUAGCAGAUUUCUAUAAUACUUUAGGCAAUAAGGAGAAAAGCGACUACUGGCAAGAGCGCUCGGAUAUAUGGAAAAAAUCAAUUCAAAUGGUUUUGUAUGACGAAGAAGAAGGCAUUUGGUUCGAUUACGAUUCGCAGCUGCAAAAAGCUAGGAAGUACUUUUUCCCAAGCAAUUAUGCACCUCUAUGGUCUGAGGUUUACGAUUUAAGCAAAAAGGAGGUGUAUGGUAGAAGGGCUGCAGCUUACUUCGUAAAACAAGGAGUUGACCAGUACCUGGGCGGAAUUCCUACUUCUUUGUUGCAGAGCGGAGAACAGUGGGAUUUGACCAACGCUUGGCCUCCUCUACAAGAACUUGUAGUACUAGGACUAUUGAAAACUGGCAAUAGUAAUGCUACGGAACUUGCAAGUACUUUAGCUGACAGGUGGAUUUCAGCCAAUAUGUUGGGCUACGAAGAGAACUCGAUCAUGUUUGAAAAGUACGAUGCGGUGGUACCAGGACAAUUCGGCGGCGGAGGGGAGUAUACAGUACAAGCUGGUUUUGGCUGGACCAAUGGUGUAGCGUUUUCCCUUAUAGAUGAAUUUUAUACAGAUAGUUGAUAAUAAAAUAUUAGUUGUAUAUGUGAGUUUAUUUCAAAGUAUAUCAGGAGACAAUCUAAAAGUCAUUUAGAGUGUCUGAGUUCAAUUUGAACAAUAUCCGAGAUCAGAACUAUGGAAAAUGUGGAACUUCAGAGACUCCCUACUUGAAGCUCAAUUCAUUUGAAUGUUCUGUAUGUUUUGCCCCAAACUUUCUCCAAUGGAUCUUCAAGUUUUGUCUCAAUAGUUUUUCAACCCAUAGAUUUGUCAAAUAAUGCUCAAUUAUUCUGCCUUCCCUUAAUAGAUUUUGAGGCCCACUUGGUAUCUUUUUAUUCACGACAUUGAGGAACCUUUUAUCUCUUUAUUUUUUGAGGAAAAUAUAUCAGGGAUUUAAUUGAUAUUUUGUAACUAAGUACCUAUUCAAUAAACCUUAUAUUAAAUAAUACUUUAUAUAUAAAAAUUGGAUUUUUUGAGCUUACUUGAAACAUAUCUCUAAGAAAGUUCAAAAACAAGCAAUAAGACCAUUAGAAAAAAAAAAUGCUAAAAUGUUCAUUUUCCAUUACAAGUGCCUUAUAUACAAAUAAUAGUUUUCCUUCAUUCCGAAAACUAGCACCAAUAAAUAUUAUGUUAUCUACCUAAAAAUAAAUAAAAUAAAAACUUCGCAUAGAUUAUUAUAACUCCUCUCCGUAAUUAAUUUCAUAUAUCUGCAAACAUCAAUUAUCCGACUUGUUGUGCCUUUUUUGUAAAGCUGCAGCCAAGUCUUGCUUUAAAAUUUCCUUUUGUCUACUCUCAGUUAAAGGCUGGACCUAAUAAAACAAUAAUUCAAUUAUUGUAUAACAUAGUAAUUAUAUAACUUACCGAUCUUAAACUAUUAACAAUGUCCUUAGUUUUGCUAAAAUAAAUCUCAUUGAGCGUAUUUCUUAUUUUAUUCUCCAUAUCUUCAACCAUCCUGCCAAUAUUAGCAAUAUGAGGAUUAUUCUCAUUGACAGCAGAAUCCUGUUCGAUUUGCCUGGUCAAGCUGCCACCCAAAUUCAUAGUGCCUGAACCUGUUUCAUUGGUUUGCAGCCACAGCAUGGCAGUGGAAGUCAUUUUGUAGUGCGAGUUCCUGCCCGAGCUUUUCUCUUGCACCUCAACCACAUGUAAAGAGUCCCAGCAACCUUUGAUUUUUCUAGAACCAUCCCCGAUUUUUUUAAUCAGAAUUACACCAGCAAAUCCGUGAUCCAAGUCCCAAAAGUAGACUGAGCUCACGCCUCCUUCAAAGUACAUUUCUCUGUAUUGGUCGAAGGCGUGGUUGGCGUCCAGUUCUAACUUGCGUAGUCUUUCUGAAGGCAUCUGACCGUCGUCCAGUGGGGGGUAGUAGGUGUUGGACCAAGG